AUGAACAUAGGAGGAAAUUUAUAUUGUUCUUAUUCAAACAUGGAAAAUGACAAGCAAAUAACGGCGGAUCCCGAUGCAGAGAAUAAAAUACUUCUUGAACCCUAUGAAUACAUUCGUACCAUCCCCGGCAAACAAAUUCGACCGAAACUAAUCCAAGCUUUUAAUCUCUGGUUACACAUACCUGAUGAAAAGCUCACUGUCAUCGAAGAUCUUGUUGAGAUGCUUCACAAUGCAUCGUUGCUCAUCGACGAUAUUCAAGACAAUUCCAAACUACGUAGAGGCGUACCUGUUGCUCAUAACAUCUAUGGAAUUCCGUUGACAAUUAACGCUGCAAAUUACAUAUAUUUCCUCGCUAUGCAGAAAGCUCUUGCAUUGGAACAUGCUGAUGUGACACAAAUAUUUGUCGACCAAAUGUUAGAGUUGCACCAUGGACAAGGUAUGGAAAUCUGGUGGCGUGACAACUUUGUUUCGCCAUCCGAAGGGGAAUAUCGUCAAAUGGUUAUCAGGAAAUGCGGUGGAUUGUUCAAUCUGGGUGUUCGUCUCAUGCAAUUAUUUGCACCAACGGAAAUACGCAGUGCUUACAAUUUCAAUAAACUAUGUGAACUACUGUCAUUGCUAUUUCAAAUACGUGAUGAUUAUUGCAAUUUAAUAUCAAAAGAAUAUACAAAUAAUAAAUCGUAUUGUGAAGAUUUAACCGAAGGCAAGUUCUCAUUUCCAAUCUUACAUGCGGUUAACACACGUGAAACCGAUACGCGCAUUAUUCACAUUCUCAAGCAACGUACACAAGACAUUGAAUUGAAACGUUACUGUGUAAGACUGUUACAUGAAUUUGGUUCGUUGGAAUAUACGCGUCAAGUGUGUGAUGAUUUGGCUAAACAAAUCUAUGAUGAAAUUGAUGUCUUAGGUGGAAAUACCUAUUUAGAAAGUAUCAUUCAAGGUUUAAUGGAAAUCUUUCGUCGUGAUAAUGAGGAAAAUGGCAAAGAUCUUAAUCAGCAUGAGCGUGUCGUAUUCGAUCACAGUAUUAAAAUGGAAAAACUUCGGAAUCAUAACAAAACGAAUGGACAACAGCAUACUUAA